GCGGCUUUUCAGUUUGUCUACCAACUUUCUUCGAUUCCCGUUGUCAGCUUGUUGGUCGUGCGUCAUUCGCUCCCAAGUCAAAGCGGCCCCACAUUAUCUUACACCUGCCGCACGUAUCCGCUUCCGUGCACGCCUAAUCGACAUCAUCCCAUCCGAAUCUCCCUGCGAGUUUUGUUCCUACCUUAGCUUAUUCACGCCACCGUCCCCAAUCUUUUGUCUCAAAACUCAGUUUCAGACGAACAACCACGACGUCGCUCCUCUAACAGCAACGACACACUUGCCUCCCCACACAAAUUUAUAACCCCCCAAUACUUCCAUCUUCCUCAUCCCCAACGACGACGAAGACGAGAACACCACCACCACCACCACCACCACCACCAAAGGUAACCCGACACCAACAGCAACCAUGAAGGUCAUCAGCAAGGAAGAGGAGGCGGCCCACUACCGCGAGGUAGUCAAGGGCGGUUUGAUCGGUGGUACCGGCGGUCUCAUCCUCGGUCUCGGCGGUGUCAUGUUGGGCAUGAAGCGCUAUCAGUUUGUCCGCCAGCUCUCGCUCCCCUUCCGCGCCUUCCUUGUUACCUCGGCGGGUACCUUCGGCGCCAUCAUCCUGGCCGAGCAAUACAGCGUCACCUUCCAGCGCGCCAAGGACCCUAUGCUGAACUAUAUUGAGGCCGGCAAGAAGAAGCACGAGCAGGAGCGCCUGGCCAACGUGACUUCGGCCCAACGCUUCAUGGAAUGGGGCCGCGAGAACCGCUACAGCAUUGUUUUUGCUUCCUGGAUCGCCGCCAUGGGCGCCGCCAUGGCCAUUGUCAACCGUAACAAGUAUCUCAGCGCCAGUCAGAAGCUCGUCCAGGCCCGUGUUUACGCCCAGGGCCUGACGCUCGCCGUCCUCAUCGCCACGGCCGCCUUCGAGACUGCCGACGCCAAGAGCGGCAAGGGCAGGUGGGAGACCGUCAUGGUCGUUGAUCCCAACGAUCCUAACCAUGAGCACUUGAUCGAGAAGAAGGUCAAGAAGGAGGACUAUGAGGGUCAAAACCUCUGGCAGGAUAUGGUCGCUGCCGAAGAGAAGAGACUCGCCCACAAGAAGGCCCUGGAGAAGCAGCAGCAGGAGGAGGCUAACAAGGCUUCCGCCUCCGCUUAAGCGCGCUGCGUCAACAGUCAGUUUGUCAUGACAAAGAGAGCGCUAGGUCCCUCUCUAUAUCUCAUGCCAGAUCUAACUUGUCCACCUUCUUUUUCUUUAUACCGACCAUAUCGCACAUGGUAUGGUGGGGGAGCGAAGGUGAAGACAACAUCAAAAUUGGAUACCCAGAAAUCAAGCGAAGGAGAGAAAAAUAGAAAGCCGUGUGGGUGUUGGCAAACGUCGUUUGUUAUCACCACGGCUAUUGGAACUCACCGGCGCGCACCACCUGGCCACCUAACCUAACAUACCUUACCUUUCUACUACUACACACAUCAACAUCUCUACUCUACCCAUUCAAAUCCUGCAUUAGCACCGGUGUUUUGCUUUUUGACGGAAAUACAAAAAAGAGGGAACUUCGGGACUUUCUUUGAAGCAACAUUGGGCGGCUUGUAUUGUUUGAUUUCUGUUUCGAUGAUGAUAUGAAAUCAGAACAUUCACAGACAACAAUUGUUGCACAGCAUGGCGUUUUUAGCUAAACUGAGUUAUCUAUUAUACGGGUGUCUUCUCUUCGUCGUCGUUGUCGUCGUCAUCGUCUUGAAAGCAGAAUGGGUAGAGGGCAUGCAUAUCUUUGGUCGUAUAGUAUCGUCGUCUUUGCUGGACAAUCUGCAACGAUACGGAUAUAGAUUGGCCUUUCAAGAAAUUAUCUCUAUAUGCUUUCCAAUUUGGUGAUUUCCAGGCAAA